AUCAUCAUCGUGUAUGCUCACAACAAGGUAAACUGACUUAUGAGGCAGUUGUCCCUGCUACAUUUAGGCAGCGCCAGUGAGAUGAGUAUAGUACGCAUAGCCUUGUACGUCGUCAGCUGCCCACGUCACCUCUCGGCCAGACCAAAUCACCAAAUGGAGCUGCCACUUCAAUGAAUUGAGAAAGUGUAGUAUACAUAGCCUAGAACACUUACUUACAAACGGGACCACCGAACCUGGAUAAAAGGCUCUGUCCGUUGUGAGUCCAUUCGUUAUCUUCCCUGUUUUCACUCACGAAACACUGAUCUCAAAUGCCUGGCGUUGCACCACCCAGCAGAGUUCUUGUCACUGGUGCGAAUGGUUUCAUUGCCAUCCAUAUCGUACGAAAUCUUCUAGAACGGGGAUUUGCCGUCCGUGGCACUGUUCGCUCAAAAGCGAAGGCUCGACACCUGGACCAAAUGUUUAGCAGCUACGGAGACAAAUACGAGGUUGUCAUCGUGGAAGAUGUCACAAAGGAAGGGGCAUUCGAUGAUGCUGUCAAAGGAGUUGAUGCCAUCGAGCACACCGCUUCACCGUGCCAGCUUGAGUCAGAUCAUCCUGAUGAGGUCAUCGUUCCAGCCGUGAGCGGUACCGUUAGUAUCCUUCAAAGCGCGCUCAAACACGGGCCCUCCGUUAAGCGUAUCGUCAUCACCUCGUCCUGCGCGGCUAUCCUCGAGAUCAACCCAACCCCGUCAACUUUCUCGGAAGCCGACUGGGGCGAACAAGCUAUCAAUGUCGUCAACGCUCAAGGGCGGGAUGCACCAGGUUUGGUUAAGUACAGAGCCUCCAAGACGCUAGCUGAGAAAGCCGCAUGGGAAUUCUGGAAUAAGCAUAGAGACGAGGUUGCCUGGGACCUUACUGUGAUAAACCCUCCUUGGGUCUUUGGCCCAUCAAUUCACGACGUGACUACUCCAGACACCUUGAACGCGUCCACCCUGACCUGGUACAACUAUGUUGUACAUCCUACAUCCAACGGGGUUACUGAUGAGACCCUCGCAACACUUGGUGGAUGCUAUGUCGACGUGCGUGAUCUAGCAGAGGCGCACUCGCUUGUACUCGAGAAACCUGAAGCAGGCGGUGAGCGUAUUAUCGUAAGCGCCGGGACAUGGAAAGCGCAAGAUUUCAUUGAUGCCGCAAACACCAUAAAUCCUCCCGUUCGCUUGUCGCAGCCUCUUCCACGCGGAGUUUUUGGCGCAGGAAGUCCUAAUCCAGCUACUGUUCAUUUACUUCAGUUCGAUAACUCGAAGGCUGGGCGCAUACUGGGCAUUAAAUAUCGGACCAUGGCAAAGACUACAGAAGACACGUUACGUGACUACGAGGCGAGAGGAUGGUAAUGUGUAACAGAUGCGAAAGGUAUCAUGCCUCGACCGAAAUUAAAGUGUACAGUUAUUAGCCUAGACUUUUUCUGCAUUGCGAAUCUUCAAACCG